AUGAUAAAUUAAUUAAAUAUUUAGCAAUUAUUCUCUAAUUUAGAUGAAUGGCAUUACUCAAAAUUGUCAGAAGUGUAUUAGACCCCCAUUCUACAAUAAUAUCACAUGUUAAUUUUACAAAUUAAAACUAAAUUUCCUAUACCCAAUAGAAUAAAUGAGGUUGAAUUUCCAACUCAAGAAAAUGCAGUUCAAUUUUUUUAAAACUAUAAGCCCAUGACCCUCUAAAUGAGUUAAGUUAAAGAUGUCAAAAUAAAAUUAUAUAAAAAUGCAGCAUAUUUUGGAAAUAUAGUUGAUGGAUAUCGAUAAGGAAAGGGAAUUUUAAUAAAAUAGACUCUGCACCUAUAUGAGGGCUAGUUUGAGAAGGAUAAAAAGGAAGGAAUAGGGUUCGAAAUACUGAAAAGCAAUUAAUAUUAUUAUGGGAAUUAUGUAAAUGGAUUACCACAAGGUGAAGGAAUAUUUUGGUCAAAAAGUCAGAAAUACAUAGGGUAAUGGCAUUAAGGGAAGAAGCAUGGUAUUGGAUUGUAUUAAGGAAUUCAUCAAGAUUACUAUAUGGGUUAAUGGGAUAAUGGAAAAUGCUGUGGUUCCUGCUUGCAUGUUAAUGGAUUCAUAUUUGUAGGGGAAGUAACUAAUGAUCUGAAUUUUGGAGUAGGUAAGAAGUAUUUGGAGAAUGGGGAUUUUUAUAGUGGUGAAUUUCGAAAUGGGAAGCCUAAUGGUAAGGGAGAGUAUAUUUGGAGUAAUGGAAAUUGCUAUUAAGGAGAAUUUGAAAAUGGACUGAGAAAUGGUUAUGGGAUUUGGUAAAGUAAGACUUAAAAUGGAACAAAUUGUUAUAAAGGAUAUUAUACAAAUGAUAAAAAAUGCGGUGAGGGAAGAUUCGAAUACUCAAAUGGAACUGUGUAUGUGGGUAAUUUUAUGGAAGAUAAACGAUGUGGUUAUGGUGAGAUUGUUUGGAGUGAUAAAGCCAUCUAUAAAGGAUAUUGGAGAGAUGGUUUAAUGGAUGGAGAAGGUGUGUAUUAGUAUGACUAGUUGAUAUUGAAAGGUAAUUGGAAAUAGAAUUAGCUUUAAACUUUUGAUAAGGUUAGGAUUUCAUUAAAUGAAUUUCCUUAGUAACAGUAAAUUAAAGAAAUCUAAGAGAAUUAAGAAAUUUAAUCUGAAAUCGCAGAUGAACCAGAUUUAGAUCAAAUUGGAGACCAAUUCUAAAAUGAGAUAUAAGAAUCCAAAGCAGAAACUGUGAUCUAAAACAUAUCUCACAAUACCAGUCACCAUGAUAUGUACUUUCAUCCAAAGCAGCCUAUUCUUCAAAAAUAAUUUGAUUUGUUGAGUCUUUUGGAUGAAAGUCUCUAAUUUCAAUCUUUAGAAAGCUCAAAAAGGUAGCAUAAAUCAAGUGUUGCUAUCUAGACAGAAUCGAAAAAGAAAUUCUUGCCUAAAUUAAGCAUGAAAAAGUAACAUCCAACUCAAUUCAAUAUUAAUCACUCGUUCUAGGAGCAGAGAAAUAGAAAAAGUGCUCAUUUACAAUAUGAUGUGUCGUAAGGAUCACCUUAGGUUAAUGGGAAUGGUAGUUUUCAUUAAACAGAGGGAAUACAGGGGUAGGCAAAGAAAAAUGUAAAUCGAUCUAUUUAAUAUGGAAGGAAGAGACAUAAACCAAUUUUAUUAUCAACAAAAGAAUAAAAUGUAUGGGCUAUCAAGAUGAGUAAGUUAAAAUUAAGUCCUGCAAAAUAUUGUAGAUUAUGGAACCAAGAAGUCGUUAAUGAAAUUAAACAGUUUCUGUAUCCUCCAGUUUGGAUGCCUCCUUCAUACCUACUUUGA